AUCAAGGUCAUAAAAUCUUUGUUUAGGAACAAAGUUUCACCCUUUCACGAUCAUGAAAGAACGUUACAAUUAGUAAACUGAUACACAAUGAUAACAAGGAAUCAAAUAUUUCUCAAGACAUUGGGUGUCGUGCUUACAUGAUUUCCAUUUUCAUAUAACCAAUGUAAUCAAAUCACUCUAUACCCUAUUGGUGACAAUAAAGUUAACCAAUUACUUUUUUUGGUUUUUAAGAAUUGACUAAUUUGGGAGACAGAGAUCCAAUUUUACAGCCGAAGUAACCGUUUGGCGCGUCUAAACUCCAUAAUUUCAUUUCCUUUUGAAGGAUCCUAAACCCAGAAAAAGAUCACCCUACAAAGAACAUCCUCAUUCCGAUCGGUUCUUCGUAAGAUCGGAUUCAAAAAUCGAUAUAUAAAUUCUUAUUUCAAAGGGUUUUCUUGGGGAAGAAGAAACCAAAGGUACGAGGUUCUCAUUAGCUAAGAAUGGUGAAUUUUACAACCAUCAUGAUGAUUGUGAUGAUGAUGAUGGUGGAUGAUUGGGUUGUAGCAUCAGAUAAUAACCCGGUGUACAGUCCAUGUUCAGACACUCAAAUAAGCAAAGGAGAUGGUUUCACCAUUGGUAUUGCCAUCUCCAGCAAAGAAGCUUUCUUUCUUGACCAAGUCCAGCUUUCUCCUUGUGAUUCUCGUCUUGGUUUAGCUGCGAAAAUGGCGCAGCUCGCGCUUUUUAGACCAAAGGUUGACGAGAUCUCUCUUCUCUCCAUCGACACAAGUAAGUUUAACCCGAGUGAAGCAGGAGGAUUCAUGGUGGGAUUCGCAGGCUCAAAGUAUGCAGCAAGAUCUAGUCCUGUGAAGGUCGCAGAUGGAAGCAACACAAUCACAGCUUUCACACUUGUAUUGGAAUUUCAGAAGGGAGUGUUGCAGAAUCUGUUCUGGAAGAGCUUCGGAUGCGAUUCGUGCAAAGGAAUAGGAUCUUCUUCUUCUUCUGUGUGUCUGAAUGGGACGGAUUGCGCGGUUCCAACAUCAAAGUGCAAGGCUAAUGGAGGUGAAGCUAACUGCAACAUUGGAAUUCAGGUGGCGUUUUCGGGAACAGACAAGAACCUCGAGUCAUUGAACACUUGGUACGAGGUAAACAACCUGAGGCAGUACUCGCUUACUGACCUCUACGCAAAUGCUGUAGAUUCUCUGAGUGGUGGGCUGCUGUAAGAGAGAAAAAGUGUAAUGCAGGUACUAUGUAAUUGAGGUUCCCAAAUAGGUUUUGAACCUUCAUGUCCUCGCAACAAGUUACAAUGAUGAAGCAAAUAACUGACCCUCCAUUCCUCCAA